GGUCAAUGGCGUCACUUUAGAUGAAGAAAAGCCUUUGAUGGCCAGCCGUGGGUCACAUGACCUGGUAGACGACGACGCAGAGGAGCUGGGCGCUGACGACGAAGGGGAGGAGCCUGGCGACGUCCUGAACAAACCUCAGGAAGAGAUGCCCUCCGAUAACCUCAGCGGCGACAUCAUCCAAGACGAAAUGGACUUCAGUACGACAAACGACGUGAGCUGCAAAAUCUCGCCAAGCAGCUAUACACAUGAAGAAGAGCAGAGUGGCUUCUCAGCUUUGGAUCAGAUCCGACACUUUUCCGACAUGCGCAAGCUGGAUGAGAGCGAGAUGAGCGACGGCGAAGGUGACGAUGACGCCCGAUCGUUCGGCCACCCCUCGCUGAGUGAGGCGGUCAAGCAGCCGCUCUUUCGGAAGUCCAAGUCACAGGCGUACGCCAUGAUGCUGUCUCUGGCCGAAAAGGACUCUCUCCAUCCCGCCACGCACACGCCCGCCACCAUAUGGCACAGUCUGGCCCGGGCUGCUGCUGAAUCCAGUGCCCUCCAGUCCCUCAGCCACGUAUGAUGACGCACCCUCACCUUUCAAGUCCCCCCUAUACCCUGACUCAUGGGACCGGGGAGGCCACUUCAGGCCCCCUAAAUGUCUUCGGAGUGACUGCUAAGCAGAACCACGGCCCAUCCGACUGCCGAGCGGAGCGCCUCGUAUAGACAAACGCAGAGCCCGGAAAAACCUCACCUUCAAAAACGUCCCUCAGAGACCUUAAAAAAAAUCGAUUUCCGACCAGGACGACGGCAGCGGUGUGGUGGAAAUAAUAAUCCUAAAGUAAUAAUAGUGGUAUUUAUUCUCUCUGUUUGCACAGCAAAGGCAGCUGGUGGACACGGAAGAUGUGCUGAUGGCGUUCACUGCAGCAGGGCCGACAUUUGGACUUGUCUGAAAGGCAAACAUGUUGAACUGUCCCGUGCGUGUAUUCAAACUGUAUUUUAAGGAGUCAAUUCAACCCCCCCCCAAGGGUGUUUUGCUCAAAAGGCAAAACCGGAAAAAAAAAAUGCACUUGACGUAAUGAAGGGCGGUAGCAAGACAUGACUUGGUAUCGUAGAAAGGUCAAAAACAACAAGUACUGAUAAUAAAGUUCAAUCAGGCCAGUUCCCCCCGUCUGUAUUUCUGCAGUUCUCCUGCACAAUCAUUGCACUGUACACACUUGUCCACCCUGCGCUGUCUGUGAAAGGUUAUAAAUAGAUUUCAUUUUAGUGGAUGAGAAGAAUAAGUAGCCAGUGCUGAAGUUAAGUGUUGUUCUGUAAAGGGCGUUUGUCUAUUCCCCCCCCCACCCCCACCCCCAGACCCUCGUGUCCGUCCUAGUCAGCCAACAAUGCCACUAAUUCGCUUGAAUGCUCGUCGUUAGCUCCUGUCUCUUUCAUUUUAGACAAUCAUGAUUUUUUUUUUUUUUUGCUUUCUUUGUAUUUUCUUUGUCGGUGUCGUCGUCGUCGUUGUUUGCUGUUGUAUGUUGACGAUUGUAUUUAUUUCUUGGCAAACGAUGUAGUUUGUUUACUGAAUAGCACUGCUCCAAGCCCGAGUGAUGGGAGAUUCCUCAGCGGGCCCAAUCGUUGACUUCAUUUUGUUUUUUUCUCUCUAGAUUUGAGUGCCAGAUAGUAUUGAACUUUCAACUCACUCCUUAUUCUUUUAAUGGAACCGGUUCAUGAAUAGAUGUUAGGUUUUUUUUUCUAUGACAAUUGUAAAAAAUACAAAAUAAAAAAAAUGUUACGCGACAAAAAAACAACAACCCUGGCAUCAGUUUGUUUCAUAAGCGCAUGAUUUGUGUUGACUUUUUCUACGGUUGUCUGCAAGCUCGUGUGACGUUCAGUUCUUGUUAAAUAAACCUUUGUGCCAAACGUAUCAUUUUCAAAAAACCUGUUCAUUUAUUCUCCCGUUUUGAGGGACCAGAUUUUGGUUUUUUUUGUCGUCCUUGUUUAUAACCAAUUUUAAAGAGUAAUCGGCAAGUUGAGGUACUUUUGUUUCAAUGCUUUUUACAAUGUAACUGUUAUGCAUUUCAAUUCAAAUACUGUGGGAGGAACAACUAAAUAAAGGACUACAAUGUGGAUCGACACGUCUCACUUCCUUUAAUUAUUGCUCCAAAACUUUUAAGCAAUGUUUAUUUAUACCAGGGGUCCCCAUACUUUUUGACUCAUGGCCCACAUCGGGUUAAAAGAAUUUUGCCGGGAUAUC